CCUUGAGCGGUAUGUACACAGCGUAUGAUCAUGAGUAGUGAUGUGUUUGUAUUUUUGCACUUUCUUUAUUAAUGUUUAUAUAUUCUGGAAAUACUAAUGCCUCUGUAAUCACGAGAAAACGCAACUGUUGCCAGCUGCUCGAGGAUGUCUAUAGUUACAGUGCAGCUUGGUCAGUGUGGAAACCAGAUUGGCCAGGAACUGUUUAAUGUUAUCAGUAACGACUCCCACAGCUCACGUGGACAGUGCCCCAAGACAGAAAGUGAGGCAUACAGCAUUUGUUCUCAGGAGAGAUUCUUCAGCGAGGGCCAGAAUGGAGCAGCGUCAGCUCGGGCUGUGCUGGUAGACAUGGAGCCCAAAGUCAUCAGUCACACCAUAUCGACAGCUGCAAAAUCUGGCAGGUGGAAAUAUGGAGAUCAGUCAUCCUUCUGUCAAAAGCAAGGGUCUGGAAACAACUGGGCUAAUGGUUUUUGUGUCCACGGACCUCGUCAUGAGGAGGACAUCAUGGACCUGGUACGGCGGGAGGUGGAGAAAUGCGACCGCCUGGGCGGCUUCUUCAAUAUGAUGAGUAUGGCAGGUGGGACUGGGUCAGGCAUGGGAACAUACAUUACCCAGUGUCUGCGGGACACCUAUCCACACUCAUUCAUUCUUAAUCAGGUCACCUGGCCCUACGGAACUGGUGAGGUAAUAGUCCAGAAUUACAACUCGGUGCUAACACUGUCCCAUCUGUACCAGUCGUCCGAUGCAAUUCUCGUUCAUGAAAACGACACGGUUCACAAGAUCUGCGCCCAGCUGAUGAAUAUCAAGCAGAUCUCUUUUAAAGACGUCAACAAAGUCAUUGCACAUCAGCUUGGCAGCGUGCUGCAGCCAGCAUACACAGAGGGAGCGUCGGAGUAUAACAGAAACCCCCUGGGUGAUUUGAUGAAAAGUAUGGUUUGUCACCCUGAGUAUAAAUUACUGGGCCUGCGAAACAUUCCCCAGAUGUCAGAAACCUCCCUGGCAUACAGUGUCUUCACUUGGCCUGGGCUUUUGAAACAUCUACGGCAAAUGCUGAUUGCUAAUGCAAAAAUGGAAGAAGGCAUUGACUGGCAGGUAAGACCCCCAGCAGGUGGACUCCCACCGGCAGAGAAAGGAACUCAUAACAAACAGCUGCGUUUCAACACCUCGCUGGCCAACUUGCUAAUCUUAAGAGGAAAAGAUGUGCAGAGUGCAGAUACAGGUGGUUUCAUGGAUCCAGCACUGUAUACCUCCUGGCUUCCACCAGGGGUUGCCAGCAGCACUUGGAGAACACCCAUGUCCUUUAACAGAUAUGAGAAAUCUGCCACUCUGGUCAGUAAUAGUCAAUUCCUUCUGAAACCCCUUGAUGGCAUCGUGGGAAAGGCAUGGAACAUGUUUGCUUCAAGGGCAUAUGUUCACCAGUACACCCAGUUUGGAAUCUCAGAAGAGGAUUUCCUAGACAGCUUUACAGCCCUGGAGCAGAUCAUCGCCAGCUACACACACCUGUAAACCAGCCUGCCGAGAUUAAGGGGAUGUUUAAAGGAAGUGAUAUUGAACUUUCAUUAUGGGAGAUUUUCUUUUUUAAUAUACAAGUCUUAUCAGAAUGCAAAUUAUUGAUUUUCUUGGCACUCAACGACCUUUGUUAUUAAAAACGGCAUGGACUACAUUUUCUUGGUAUGAUGUAAAAUAUAUUUAUAUUAAAUCUAUUUUGUACAAAUUCUUACUCUGUUCUACCAGUUCUUUUGUGAUUAAUUCCUGGUAAGAAAAAAUCUUUACUUGAAAUGGCAAUUUUUAUUGCAAGUUAAUUAUUUAAGUAAUAAACUGUAUGGAUGCCAAGGAAAAUGAACACUGGUACUGUUCUAAGGUAGCUUGACCAGAAGAUGGCACAGUAGUCACAAUUCCUAGAACCUUAUACAACUAUUUUAUUGGCCUCUGCUGCUUUAAACACAUCACGCUGAUCAUGAUAAACACUCCCAAUGAAACCGAUAGUAAAAAAUGCAAAUCAUUUCCCUGGCAUCUCCGUUGCAUUUUGUUUCAUUUCAACUUUAAUAUGCUAAGCCCCUACGUAAAGGCACUUGAAAUGUAAUAGAUCAGCCUCUACCACUUGUUUUCUCUGCUGAGUGUUUUUCACAACACAAUCUGUCAAUUUUAUUGUUUUUUUUUUCUUUUCAUAAGAGAACACUUAUAUGUAAUGGUUCAGCUGCCUCACGUGAUCAUUUCAUGUGAGUUCUGCCUGUGAUGGGAGUGGCUCAGAUUGUGACUCAGCUUUUGUCUGUUCCAUUGUACUGUGCUAAUCUACCAAGUGUGGCGAAGGGCAGGGCUGGUUAAACACAGAGUUGACAUCACUCUCAACCGCUCUAAUUGUCAGAGUCUUUUUAGAUAGACUUCCUGGUGAUUGAGACUGGGAGUCUGAUCAGCUGGAAAUCCAUUGAAAAAUAAAAUAGUACUCAUUAAAAAGGUGCUCCACUCUGAAGCAUACCCUUACAUUCACAGAUCAUUUUAUACGCUGUUUACAUCUUAAACAGGAAAGACGUAUCAACAGUUUAUUACAAUUAACAACCAAUUUGGAAGUUUAAUUUUGGGACACAAAGGUGUACCUACAUUCUUUCACAAUAACGGUGUAAAAACCUCUACAAAUAAUGUUAUAACUAACAAGAAACAAAAAACAAUGACAUUGAAAGUUUGAAGCCUGUGUCCACUAAGUAUUAUUAAACCUCUUAAUUGAAUCAUCCUUUGUUUGGUCGCUUUUAAUAAGUUGGGCAGUUUACAAUUGUAAUCCGCCCUUCUGAUGAAUCACGCAUGCUUGUGCUUAGAGGAGGUAGGGGGUUUACUGUAAAUGACAUAACUUUUUAACUUCAUAACAGAACAAUUAACACAGCCUUGCCAUUGUUACAACUUUUCCUGAAAUAGAAGCAUUACGCUUGUUCAUUCUGAGCCACUCAUUUGUAAUUACGUUACAUGUGACCGGAGAAAAUCGACAUUUAUUUUGUAUGUUAGCGGUGGUUUCCUAACAGCAGUUAUUUUAUUACCGUUUAGCAGACUCAUAAAACAAAAUAAACAAAAAAAAAAAAAAAACACUGGAACAAAUCCGAUUUAAGGGGAUUAAGCUGUAACCAGGCAGAUUAUAGAUCCAUAAUUACUUUACAUAAAAAAAUCAAAAGUGGAAUAUGGUCUGCCUUAUGUAUGUAUGAAUGAUGUAAAAACAUGACUAGUAAGUGCAAAUUACUCAAUUUUAUCUGCUAAAUUCGGAAGGGUUUCUGAAUUGAUCCACUCAGUCUGGUUGGAAAAUGUGCAUAAAGAUUCUAUUUUGAAGCAGUCA